CCAUGCAAAGCUGGUGGAGGGAGCCACAGUCGCAAGCGUAAGUCAGCAGCCUCCAUUUCUGGCAACGAGUCUGCAAAGAAACGCAAAAUGGCGAAACCGGUGGAGGCAGCUUCCAGUGAUAGUGAACCAGAAUUGAUUCAUGCCGAUUGGGAACUGGCUGAUGACUCGAGUGUUGAGGAGAACUUUGGUACCGAAAAAAACGAUGGAAACGAGAGUGAUGAAGAAGACCUGGACUCUUCGGAGGAAGACAUAGACGAAGAGGUGCCCGAUCUCAGCAACGUCAGCAGUAGUAGCAGCAGCAGUGAUGAUGGUGAUGAAAGUAACGACAGCGAAGUCGAGGAAGAACCCAUUAAUGACAUUUCUGCCACAGAGCUGAAGAAGGUCGCUGGAAAUUCAACUUCGGAAGAACUUGAGAAGAAAAACAAGGAGUCUAAAAAUUUGGGAAAUCGCGGCAAAGCCAUUAAAUUCUCCUUGUCAGACAAAGCUGCCAUUUUUAGGGAAAUGGAGAAACGUGCUGAUCUAGUGUUUGAGUCACCGGUGUGUGAUGCAGUGUCAAGCUAUGCCUUUGUUGAAUUUGUCGAUGCGGAAACAGCAGCCAAAGAGAAGGUGUCCAUUUCGGGCCGCCUAUUUGCCGGUCAGUCGGUGCGUGCAGAGCUUCGGUCCUGUCAGCACGCACAAUCGGACGGUGGCAAAACGGUAGAAGAUAUUGACUUCUUGCGGAUAACUGUCUCAGGCCUUUCGCCUCUCGUAAACUUGGUCGACCUACAAACCCUGUUUUCAACUGCGGAUAGCAUACGUAUGCCAACGGCUUCGAAUAAGUGCAACUACGGCUCCGCAACCCUGUACUACGUUUCUGAUGCAGUUGCCCUCGACGCUUUCUCUCAGUGCCAUAACUUCGUUCUCAAGGGCAAUCCUAUCUGCGUCAACUUCGCCUUCAAGCAGUCUGCAAAAAAACAUUCCUCCAUUGCUACUGCUACCCUAAGUGAGACAUUCACACCCGAUCCCGUCGCCCGCGUUCAAACAGAGCCGCCUCCGAGCCAACGAAUUGGCAAAGUACUUAUUCAACCAAUGCCCGACUCGGAAGAUGAAGGGCCGGAAAAAUCAAUGGACAACUUCACAAAGAAUACCAAACGUGAGAGACCGCGUUCACAGAAGCAAGUAGAAAAAUCCAGUGAAAAUGAGCAACCUAGUAACAAAGGAAAACUCGUUCCAUGUAACAAGGUUGUUAAAAAACCGAUUAAAGAGGAAGUCGCGACAAAUGGUAUCGCAUCCUCAUCAUGCAUUCUCUCUGAAAUGAUGAAGAAAGCUAAGCAAGACGUGGAGAAGAGCGAGGAAGAUAAACAGAGCAACGAAUCAAAGAAUGAGACGUCUGGAGAGGAGUCGAGCGAAGACGACGUGAACGAAGAUGACGGUGAUGAGGAGGACCUCGAUGGGAGCGACGAUGACUCUGACCCAAGCAGCAGUGAAUGCGAAAGUACCGGUAACGACGGAAGUGCAAAGAAGGAUGAUACUACUUCUGUCUUAAAAGACGUGGAACAUGAAGGGGAUUCAGGUGACGAAAUCGAUGCCUCCUUACUGGCUGCUCUUCGUGCACGUAGGGCCUGUGCAAAGGCCCUCAAGGCACCUGGCGCCAAACGCAACUGGAGGGCUGGCAACUCCAGCAGAAAGAGGCUUGGAGGGACUGUGCCCCGAAUGUUGCCUGUGCCUAAAAAGCGUCGAAAGGAGGCUUUCGAUGUGUAA